UCCUCCUGUUCUUCUUUUUGUGAUUAGACUGGGGCGGUGUUACAGCAGUUGAACAGCUUUAUCCUCUCAGUAACCCUGCAGCAAGCGCCCCCCAGAGGGAGAUCUGGCUAAUCUCACCUGUAACUCCGCCUCUCGCACAGCCGCUGCUCCAGUCCAGGAUCCCACAGCCGUCUGAGGCCAGAGAACGGGGCACCCAAGUCCUAGGUAGUAAAGUUAAACGCAGCCCAUAAAGAUGCUGCAAGGCUCCCCAUUUACCCCCAGACAAAAGGGCCCUUGGUUUGGCUUUGCAUUGCGGAUCCCAAUCAGUGCCUUUGAUCUGCAGGGUUAAAAGGAAGUUGGCUGUUAAUAUUUUUCAGCAGCGGCGGCGCCGACGUCCCGGAGAGAGCUAUGGGCUAUUACAUGACCAUCUGCAUAAAAUAUUGGAAUCGUAGCCAUGAAAAUGAGCAGCGCUUUCAUUCCUGUACGCUCUGGAGAAUGACCAUGCAGCUUGGAGACGAGCAUAAAGGAAGGACCCAGUCCUGCCCUCAUUCAAAGACAUGGCGGAACUCCUAUUAACUUCAAUGGGAGCAGGAUCAAGCCCCAAGAAUGAUUCUGAGUGUAAAGAUAAGUCAAUUGAUGGAAAAUAUCUUGUGUAGCGUCAUAAAAGUCACCAGUUAAAUAUUCAAAACAGGUUGCAUUUGAAUGUUGCCAACUGGUACACGCACAAAAAGAGCCAAACAUCUGCCAAAUAAUAAAAAUAGAACCAAGGUGACUUUUAAUAAAUAAGACAGUAUAAGCAACAAGUUCAGCAGGUGGCUGUUAACUGUUGUAAUAUUCAUUAUACCUGGAAGUCAUCCAAAUUGUAAAUAGGAUAAGUAAGCACACUUCCUGUAGGAUGUGCAUGAAACCUGUCAAUUUAUUUAAUAUUAUACCUUUGUUCCAACUGACUAGUUUGUGCCCCUUUGCACACUCUACAUUUAACACACAAUCUUUUGGCUGAAACAGUUGCUCUAAUAGAUUUAAACUGCAUUUAUAACUGUAACUGGUGUUUAAAUUUGUAAACAAAACAAACCAGAUACAUCAGGGGAUGCUAAAAGUCUGACUCAGCUGUCAUUUUUAAUUCCAUAUAAUAUACAAUAGGUUGUGUGCUCUCUGACAACUUACCAUUGUAAUUAUGAUUUGACAAUGGGCAGAUUACAAAGAAAAAGGCUUGCAUAUAAAACACCUGCAGUGUCUGGAGAAUGGAAAUAUGGGGCCAGGGAUGAAAUAGCUUCAUGUCUUAACUUGCCCCAUUUCUGAUGCACAAUGAAGGUGAAUCACUCAAAAGGAGAGAGAGAGGGGGAGAGAGAUUUAAAAUGAAAAGUAAUGCCAGAAAAAAAUACAACACUUUUCUUUUUAAUUUUCAGGUGAAUUUAAUCCUAGUGAAAGAAGGUGUCCUACUGAGACUUUCAAAAAAACUAAUUAUCCCCAUGACAGACAUUGUGGAGCCAACCCUAACCGAGCUUUGGAAAAUGUGUGAACAACAUCUUUUGUGGGGGAGACCUGAUGGCAAUUAGACGAUACUUAUCUGGGCCUUUGAUGUUUGUUUACACAAACAACAUUUUCCUUGGGACUCCCUUUAUAAAAGAAGCAACCCAGAGAGAGGCAUUCUCUGACUCUGCUGCUCAAAAAUCCAUCCUCCCCUAGUUUGUGUUGAAAUAGAAGACCGCCAGGAUGACCAAGGCCCCUUUCUCUGUAGAGUGGCUUUCCCAGAGCAGCCAGGACAGCUAUGAACCACAGCAAAGGCCCAGUAGCUACGCAGAAGGCACUCAGGGCAGGACUUUUGCAUCACAUGGAUUGCUCACCCGGGUCGGAAAUCCAGUCUGCAACUCCAGAACAAACCCACAACCGCACCAAACCGCAAGCCAAACAGGGAAGAAGGGUGAACGUAUAAAGACCCCGGACACCUCUUCUAAGAACGACCCCAGGAGUGAGAAGCUUUUUGAUUCUUCCUCCUCUAUAGCAGCACCAGCCGCAGCCAAGCGGGCGUGGAGAGCCGCGGAGUCCGGUUCCGACUGGGAGGGCGGCCGCUCGGAGUGCCAGUCCCCCGAGGAGCCCGGCGGCAGGGGCAGCCGCCGCUUGCGCACCGCCUUCAGCGUGGAGCAGAUCAGCACCCUGGAGAGCUCCUUCAAGCGCCACAAGUACCUGGGCUCAGCCGAGCGCCGCAAGCUGGCCGCCAAGAUGCAGCUGUCCGAAGUGCAGAUCAAGACCUGGUUCCAGAACCGGCGCAUGAAGCUGAAGCGGCAGCUGCAGGAGAUGAGGCCGGAGCCCUUCUACAGCCCCGUCCCCUUCGGAGCCCGGGCCGGGACUCUGCCCCUGCACUACGUCUACCCGGCUCAGCAGCAGCUCCUGGCUCACCUCCCCAGGCAGGAGGCCGUACCCGCCAGCUUCGCCUUCCCAGCACUGCCAGCCUCUGCCCUGAGCCCCGCCAGCACGUUCCGGGGGGAGCCUGGCUUUUGGCAGGCGCCCUGCUUUGUGGGCUACAGAGACUCCGGGGCCUUCUUGCUGCCCGUUUGAACCCGCGGGGCUGGCCUGUGACUCAGAGAAGGAUUUGCACUAACGCUGGCUCUGCGGAGUCGCCUAGGCGUGCAACUGCCUGCUGUGUUUGUGAUGCGAUCUCCCCGUACAUAGCGACAAUAUUUUAUACGGACACUUACAUGCGGAUAAUGGGGCCGAGUAUAAAACCAAACACUUACCAGCUUUCACUCUAUUUCUUUGCACAAAUCAUCGGAGCCCUUACUUGCCAUAACCGUGAACACAGCCUCUUUCUUUCUUUCCUUCCUCCCUCCCUACUAAAUUCAGGAUGUCAACUAAUCUGCAAAGCCCUGACCCAAACCCAACCCUUCCCUUCCAUGGGACCCGGAAUAGGCUCCUAUCUAGAUUUGCAGUUUGAGCUGGUUGAAUAGACUCUGCUUGGAGACCACCUUUUAAGGAAGUGGGUUGAGAGUUUAAGAAUAAUAACCGGGAGAAACUCAAUACCCUGCCAAACCACCCAGCAGCCAACAGAGUGUUGAACCUUGCAGUAUGCACACAGUGGGUGAAAUCAUGUGCUCAUGGCAAAAUUCCCAUUGACUUCAAUGGACUUGACUGCGUCCAGGCUUUCACCUUGUGUUGAGUUUUAGUGCUGCUGCCUGAUCCUUAUUACAGAGGCUCCUAUACGUGCCCUGUUCUAGUUAAAACUGUUACUAUUAUAGACACUCCAACAUUAUCCAAUUUAAAUCACUAGAAGUUAAAUCCUAGGUCAAUUGAAGUCAAUGGCAAAACUCCUACUGAGUGACUUCAGUGGGGCCAGGAUUUCACCAUAGGAAGUUUGCUACUGACACAAACAGGAACAAGAUUGGGCCCUGUGUCUUCAACUACUCCCUGGGUGGCUCUGCUUCUAUUUUAUUUAAUCUGACAGCACUAAUAUAUAAUGACCAUAGGAUUCAUUUUCAGAUUUAUUCAUGCAUCUCAAAUAAGGUGUUAAUAUUAGGGAAAUCAGCUUCCUACAUUUAAGCAUACAAUGAUAAGUCUAAAAGAUCUGUCCAAAUUAGGGCCUGCCGCUCUUAUUAAUAUGAAAAGCAGAUAGCUGCACCGGUAGGAUUACUCUUGUAACCUUGAGCAAGGGCUUUCAGGAUCAGGCCAAUCACAGUAGUGACUGACCUGGAGGAACUGCUAUGUUUUGCAAGAUCAGAAAGGAAUGGAAGACAGAUUUACAUGAGAGGCCCUGAUAGUCUGUGGUGGAACAAGUGUGACACUGACAAAACUACAUAUAUGUGUGCAUAGCAGACUGGCUGGUGCACAUUACCUUUUAAUAUUUAUACACUAGUGCUACAUUUUAAAUGUAUUUUUGUGUUAGCCAACCAAUUAUUGGGGAAUACCUUUUAAAAGACCCACCCAAAAUGUCUAGACAAAUUAGAUAGGCAAUUAGUAGGCAUUUUUUAAAAGUAUAAAAUUUUAACUCCCCACCCUGAAAAACACUACCCAGCCCUUUAAGAUUUCUUUGAUACCAAGUACCGUGAAAGGGUACUUGUCCUUUUGUUUGCUUUUGUUUUAACAAAUUAACAGGCAAGAAUAAAUAAUCAACAAAGUGUAGUUAAAUGACAAUGUUAAAAAUAUAGAUGUACUUGGAAAUGUUGUGCCUCUGGGAAGCCUUCUGAAAAAUAACACCAUUACUCACAUGAACUGAUCCCACCCAGACUAAUCCAGAUUUACGUUUCUAUUUACUCUCAUCAUUGAUCCAGCCUUGCAACUUCUUCAUCAGUUUAGACUCCUGUCAGUCCGGGGUCCCACCAUAAUAAUACUCGGAAACUCCAUAGUAUCAACCAGGUGUAAGGUUGCCUACAAUAAAAUCCAAAGAUAAAAGUAUUGGUUAGUCUGGCCCAUUUAUAUUUUGCUGUGAGAUUCACUGUUGUUGUUGUUUUUAAUUUAAAUACUACUACUACUUUAAAAUAAUUCACACUCGGCAAGGGCCCAUUGGCAGCCCAUGGAAAUCAAUGGAAAUGGGGGAGGGAGAUAAACUGGAACAGGGCUGCCCAGAGGAUUCAGGAGGCCUGGGGCAAAGUGGGGGAGCUGCGGGGCU